AUGGACUGGGAUCCAUUCGAUGAGCAGAUGCCUCGGCUCCAGGCCCAGAGGAAGUUCGCGCAGUCGCAGCCCAACUCCCCCAGCACCACGCCCGUCAAAGUGUCGGACUCGGGCAGCGGCCUGAGCAACGGCCUGGCCGCCGCGCCGUCCACCUCCCUGUCCUCGCUCUCCUCGUCAUCACUGUCCUCCUCCAUCCAGGACCUUAAUAUGGCCUAUUUCGGGAGCUCCCAGGAGGAGGAGGAGCUGGACGAAGAGGAGGAGGAGAAGGAGGAGGAGGUGCAGAACGGCGUUCACUCCCACGUCGUGGGGAGCACCAGCCAAGCUUCGGCCUCCUCCUCAUGUCACUCCACACCCCGUAAGGGCAAACUCCCCGCCAAGCAGCCCCUCAACGGACACGUUUUCCACGGCCACAGCAAAGCAGGGACCAGGGAGAGUCCGCGCCCCAAGGCCGGGCUUCACAGCAGGGACGCGCCCGCCCCGGCGCUGCCGCCGCCCCCACCCCCUCCCCCGCCGCUCCUGAGAGAGCGCAGCGAGCGGGCGGAGGCCCGGGAGCACGCCAGGGAGCAGCUGGCUCUGGCCAACGGCCGGGCCUCGGCCAACGGGCUGCCACCCAGGAGAGCGGCCGAGGAGCUACGGAAGCAGGUCUCUAAAGUGAACGGGCUGACGCGGGCAGGCCUGGCACAAGCUGUUGGCGGUGCCAAAAAGAGCCGGGACUUCCGAAUGCCGUCCAAAACUGUGAAAAAGUACACAGCCACCGUGUCCAAGGGCCACGUCACCUACACCAAAGCCAAGCAGAAAGAGAUGGGCAAGAAAACCAAACUCAGCAACAAACACAGCAGCGCCGCCUCGGCACCGUCGUCAGCGAACAAUCACAAUCAGCACAGCCAGCCAGCAGCCAGCAACGGGCUGGCCCACUCAGGAAAAGCCGCGGCGCCAGCCCACCACAGCAAUGCAAAAACCCGCAAACAGGUGCUACUAUCCAACGGGCUGCACAACGCGGCCGCCAACGGCCGGCCCAACGGCCGGCUGAACGGGCAGCGGCACAACGCCCCGGCCCGGGAGGACAGGCAGAGGCCCGGCCAGCCGGGCCCGGCGGAGUGCGCGGGCCGGGAGGGCCUGCGCAACUCCAAGCGGCGUCUGGAAGUGGUGCUCAACGCCGUGGGCGCCGUGGACCUGAAAGCCAAAGCCACCGGCUCAGAGGCCAAGAAGGCCAAGCUCCAGCCCGCGCCCCUGGAGACGCGCAGCAGCAGCAAGAGGGCGGCCAGCGAAGAGAGGGCCGCCAAGCAGGGCGCCCCCCCCGCCGCCCCAGUGGCCAACGGACUCCAAUCAGAAAGGCCCCCGUCGCCCGAACCGACUAAGCAACCCGCCGCUCCGGCCCCGCCCUCCACCCCGCCUUCUCAGCAGCAGAGCCCGCCUCCUUCCACACCAGCAGCCGGCGCCGAGUCGCUGAACCAGCGGCCCAAGCGCGCCUCGGCCGGCAAGCUGAUGCUGAUCCGACAAGCGCAGCAGCAGCAGAGCCGAGCGCACGGCCGCGGCUCCUCCUCCUCCUCCUCCUCCUCAUCCUCCUCCUCCCCGCUACUCGGCCCCAAUCACUCACCAAAUCCCAGCCGUGCCAGCACUACCUCAGACCCCCAACAGACCUCGGUGUCCUCUUCCUCCUCCUGCUCCGCCACCGCCGCCUCCGCCUCCCCUCUCCUCAAUUCCCACUGCCCCGGACAGCUCAAACCAGCAGCCUCGCGGGCGGCCGACCGCGACAAGGAGUGGGAGCGCGAGAAAGAGCUGACCCGCCACAAGGAGCGAGAUCAGGAGAGGGAGCGCCAGCGGAGCAAGGCGGAGGGCUGGGCCGCGCUGGGCGAAGGCCCUUUCUUUCGGCCAAGUCCCAGGGAGUUCCAGGACCCCCUGGUGUACUUGGACGCGGUGAGGGAACGGGCCGAAGUGGCUGGCAUGUGCCGCGUGGUGCCACCGCCCGACUGGCGGCCGGAGUGCAAGCUGAACGAGGAGAUGCGUUUUGUUACACAGGUGCAGAAGGUCCACAUGCUGGGCCGACGCUGGGGUGGCUGCGAAGUGGACCUGUCGCGUUUUUUCCAGCUCAUCAAUGACAUGGGCGGCAUGCAGCAGGUGAUGGACCUGAAAAAGUGGACCAAGCUUGCCGACCUCCUCCACAUCCCCAAGUCUGCCCAGGACCGGCUGGCCAAGCUGCAGGAGGCCUACCUCCAGUACAUCCUCUCCUAUGACUCGCUCAGCACAGAGGAGCGCCUCCGGCUGCUGGCCGAGGUGCUGCAGGAGAAAAAGAACUUGGAGUCCCGGCGGGGCCCCCUGGAGGGCCUCUCGGACUCCUCGGCCCCCAACGGGCUCUCGCUGCCACGCUACGAGCCCAAGAACGGGCUGGUGGGCGGGGUCGUGGGCGGCGGCGGCGGCACGGCGGCGGCGGGACACCCCCGCGCCAACGGAGUCUACCACCGUCUGAAGGAGCUGGAGGCUCAGGUCAAAGCGGGCCGGCGCCGGCUCUUCGCUCAGGAAAAACAAGGCAAAGAGGACAGGCAGCACGGAGAGGAGCCGCCGGAGGACCACAGGGGCGUGCUCAGCGACCAGCACAAAUGUAUUUACAAGGGGAAAUCGGUGUCCCUGACCAACUUCUUCAGGAUAGCCCGGAACACCAUGACCAUGUGCUUUAACAAGGAACCGGGGGCUGCCGAGGUUGAGCAAGAGUAUUGGAGGAUUGUGGAGCAGAGAGACUGCCACGUGGCAGUGCAUUGUGGGAAAGUAGACACCAGUACACACGGCAGUGGAUUCCCCACAGGAAAGUCAGAGCCAUUUGCAAAACAUGGAUGGAACCUCACUGUCCUGCCGAAUAACUCUGGAUCUAUACUGAGGCAUCUGGGUGCUGUGCCUGGGGUGACCAUUCCCUGGCUCAACGUUGGCAUGGUCUUUUCUACCUCAUGCUGGUCUCGAGACCAAAAUCGCCUUCCAUAUAUUGAUUACUUACACACUGGUGCUGAUUGCAUUUGGUAUUCUGUCCCUGCUGAGGAAAAGGUUAAGCUGGACAAAGUGGUCCAUACACUGCUUCAAGCCAAUGGCACCCCAGGACUAGAAAUGCUGGAGAAGAAUAUCAUGAUCUCUCCAGAGGUGCUGUGCCGCGAAGGCAUCAAGGUUUACCGUACAGUCCAGCGGUGUGGCCAGUUCGUGGUCUGCUUCCCCGGUGCCUUUGUCUCUAAAGUGUGCUGUGGCUACAGCGUGUCGGAGACGGUGCACUUUGCCACGCCACACUGGAUGAACCUGGGUUACCAGGCUGCGAAGGACCUGAAAUGUCGUUGUAUAGCCAAACCCUUCUCCAUGGAGAAGCUACUGUAUCAGAUCGCCACCGCAGAGUCCAAGAGGGACAACGGCCUUCUCCUCACCACUAUCUCCUCCCUACUCAAAGACCUCAGGAACAUAGAGAUGCAUCAACGUCAGGAACUUUACAAGGCAGGUCUGCUCUCAUCCGCUCGCUACGGCACGCACGACGGCUGUUUGGGGCCCAGCGAGGGCCGCAAGAAGCCCCGCGGGAAAUGGCUGGCACUGGAGUCCUCCGAGAGACGCUGUCAGAUCUGCCAGCAUCUCUGCUACCUGUCCAUGGUGGUUCAGGAGACUGACAACGUGGUUUUCUGUCUGGAGUGUGCCCUGCGCUACGUGGAGAAGCACAAGUCCUGCAGAGGCCUUAAGAUGAUGUAUCGCUAUGAUGAGGAGCAAAUCAACAGUCUGGUGAACCAGGUGUGUGGCCGGGCCUUGCUAAAGGGCGGAGGCGGGGGUGGAGCCGUCGGCGUCAUCGUGAGCGGAGGGGGGGGGGACUCCUGCCACAGUUUAAGCCCUGCCAAAGCGUCGCCCGCCAAGCGAGGUCCACGGAAGCGCGCCACCGUGGAGGUCUCCCUGGCGCGCCUCUCCUCCAACCACAUACCCAAAGCAGCGGCGGUGUCCUGAGGGGGGGCGGGGCUCGCCACCGCGCUGUACCCACAUCCAGCCCCACCCCUUUAACCCCCGAGCCCACGGUUUUUCUUUUUUCCCUCAUAAGUAUGAUCGCUCAGUCCCUCGAGUGUCACAAGAUUGUCCAGAAGUCCCUCUCACCUGACCUCAGUCUCUCCAAACACACGCGCCUCACCUUUAGUUUGACAGGCUUGUUGAUAAAAAGGAAACUGAAAAAAAACACACAAAAAAAACCCCGCAAGAUGUCUUUUUUUGCACUAGUAUGAAAGAAAAUUAGCUUUUUUUCAACUUGUGGAUGGUUUUAGAACCUCCACCCCUCACGUCAAAUUUACAAACACUUAGUGGAUCGUUCAGAGCCCGUUUUUCCACUUUAUCCCCCCAUUCAUCCCGCCCCCGGCUGAAACGGGAAAUGGGUUACAUUUGUUUCCUUUUUCUUGCAUCACUCGUUCCUUCCCGCCUGUCAUCCCUGAGACUGGAUCCUUCCCUUCACUCGACUGUGAACCUGGGAUGAAAAGAUGGCCCUUUUUCCCCCCUCUCCAUGUUUUUUUUUCAUGAGAAUGACAUCUAGUUUUUACCAAAAGUUUGUGGCUGUCCUUUAUUUGAGGAAGAAGAAUCCCUUCUACCCCCCCCCCCCUCCUCCCAAAGCGUUCUCGAUGCAGUUAAUUCAUUAAAAAAAAUCACUUUCUUUUAAACUGGGCUUUGAGAUGCAAGGUAAAAACUUGAAAGAUGAAUGAUGUUGGUUUACUGUCGGUUGGCUACGUUUUGAUUUCGGAGUUCUAUUUUGAAUUUUAGCUUUGUUUUCUGCUAGUUCUUAUUUUUCGUGAGAAGUUUUUUCCGUGUGUUUUUAUUUGUGUCCUGGUGGAUGUUUCUGUGCGUUGGCGGACGUGAGGGGGGCAGACUUGCAGCUGCUUGACCCGUGAAAGGGUCACCGCUCGCCUCACUCCCCCCGUAGUAUGGAAGGGUCUCUUUUGGCUAGCGAGUAAAAACGGUGCCUGACACGUAGAAAAAGGAGAUCCAUUUUUAUUGGUGCUGUUGGUUAUAAUUACUGUAUAACAACACAAGAAAUAAAACCCGGGGGUUAGCGCCAGCUAUCGGUUAACUCGCAUACCCCCCCCCCACAGGGCAGAGAGGCUCCUGAGCUUUUCUGGUUCUAGAUGUGCAAUCGUGUUAACAUUCCAUUCUUCCAGUCCUCUUGUUUCAUCUGUACCAGUAAACAUUAAUUAUUAUAUUAUAUUAUUAUUAUUUUGUUGAUCUGAAGUGUUAUCUCAAGUAGAGCCACUAGUUUAAGAGUGUAAAAUGUGAAAUAUCAAAUCCAAGUUUUUGUUUCUCUUGUUUUAUGUUUUGUUAUCUUUUGCAUCUUUUCCCCUUUUCCAGAUAUAUUAUGAGCAAUUUUUAGAGAGAGAGAAAAAAAAUCCAACACAAACAAACAUCAACUUUUUGUACAUAUAUCCUGUAAAUUUCUUUAAAUACUUGAGCCUUUUUCUGGGAUUAAGUAAGUAAGAAAGAAAGGAAAGAAAAGAAAGUUUCCGGAGGAAAGUGCUUGAUGAAGAAAAAGCCUUACAUUUCCCUUUCUUCAUCCGUGUGAGUUUGACGCUUACAGGGUUGCUCUGGUAAAUGUGUAUAAAAAAAUUUUAAGUGCUGCUUAUAUCACUAAGAAAGAAGAUAUUGAGUAGCCAAUGAUUGCCCACCCCCUAGUUUUGUUUGUUUAGCUUUACUUUUUUAAAGAAAAGGGAAAAAAGAUGUUGACAAAAAAAUGGGUUUUUACAUUUUCAUUACUGAAAAUUCAACAAAAAUGUAGUAGCUACUCAUGUUGCACUGAGCUUGCCAGUGGUGACUGUCAAGGAAAAAUCUUAUAAUCCAGUUUGUUGGUUGUUGUCCCUUUCAGAAGACUGAACUGUUUUAGGACUAUUUAAUUAAAUACCAAGUCGGGUGUUUUCAACAUUUAAAAAAAAAAGUGGUUGUCAAGUUUUUAUGGCCUUACAAUAUAUUUUAUUCAGAUAGGAUGUUUUUUCUUCUUUUCUUUUUUUGUUUAUUGGUUAGUCUCUUUUGUUUUCUUCCAUUUUCUACAGUAAAAACUCACAGCGGGGUCUCUGGUGACUUAAUUUAUUAGUGCCGUAUCUUGGCAUUUCCCUCCAUUUGGAAGUUUCAUGUUGGUUAUAUUGACAGUUUUUUACUUUUGCAGUUUGUACUUAAGGUUUAAUAAAAACUUACUGACAAUUCACUGUCAUUUCUUUCCAACCUGA